GAAGAUUCCGCCGUUGACUUUCAUCCGCCCCAUCACACUCAUCUAAAAAUCAAGGACGAUGCAUCUCCUCUACACCUCCUCCCUCCUGUCCCUCCUCCCCUACGCGCUGGGCCGGUCCACACCAAAGACCCUGCCCCAGCGCGACGAUGCCUCCUCCACCUCCUCCUGCUCCGCAACAUCCUUCGACGAGGCCGGCUGGACGAUCGAGGACUUCGACUACCACGCCUCCUACGUCUUCAGCACGCCCGCGCACCAGAACUCAUGGGGCUACGCCAGCUUCAACCUCACCAACCCGGCCGUGCCCGACACCGUCGCGUCGUGCAGCGCAUCCAGCGACCAGCUCGAGGACUUCUUCUACGGGACCGUCUGGUACGACUGUGCGGGGUCGGACGCGGCGCCCGCUACCUUCGCCUUCAGCAGGCCCAGCGGGGAGCUGGACAUCAACCAGACGUGGGUGUGUGAUGAUGAGGACCCGCAGUACCCAACAACAUUCACCGCCUAUGGUAAGAUCAAUUUGACGCUUGACUGCACCGAGACAACAUAUCAGAAUGAGAAUUGGACCAUUGGCCAGAUCUACUCGGACAGGGAAGUCACAUGUGCGCCCGUGUCACUUCACCUGGAGCCGUACGAGAUGACAGGAGUAGCCUAGAGCUCAUAUACAAUUGAUAAUCACCAGAACAGAUGCUGAAUCCGUUUUACGUUUAAUACUAGCAAUUAUCACACCAG